UACCGCACAACGUACAACAGCCUGCUGACCAACCACACAGCGGAUUCUCCAAUGAUGUCAGUGGUUACAGUCUGCUCUCUUCUGCUCCUGUGCUGCACUGCUGCCUUAUUCUCACCUGCCAAAAGUUACCUACUAGAGCCCUGUGAGCUGGUCAACGAGACCGUGUCAGUGGAGAAAGAAGGCUGUCCGAAAUGCUUGGUAUUUCAAACCACUAUUUGCAGUGGACACUGCCUCACCAAGGAGCCGGUGUACAAGAGCCCAUUCUCCACUAUCUAUCAGCAUGUGUGCACUUACAGAGAUGUCCGUUAUGAAACCAUCCGCCUGCCUGACUGCCCUCCUGGUGUGGACCCCCAUGUCACAUAUCCUGUUGCUCUCAGCUGUGACUGCUCUCUGUGCACCAUGGACACCUCUGACUGUACAAUUGAGAGUCUGAAGCCAGAUUAUUGCAUGACACAGAGAGAGAUUGUAUUUGAUUACUGAACAUUGACCAGUAAAUGUGUAGUUUUUAUGUAUUUGCAUACAAAUAGAUGCAAGCAAUAUAAAUUCAAUAAGACAAUUUUAUUUCAUGUUCGACCAUAUUCUAAACUUACUACUGUAAUAGGUAAAUCCAGUACUAACUGUAAAGCUUUAAUGAAAUCUACCAAUUUCUUGU